AGAGAAAAUAUUCGUCAGGUUUCACCGUCGGCUUCGGUCAGUGGUCAGCAAAGUGCCCGGAGUUUCAGCCGCAAAACACGCGAAGUAAAACUAAAUCUUUUUUAAAAAUAUUGCAAAGUUUUCAUGUUAGAAUUUCCCAAAAUGAGGACGUGUGAAUUGAGCCUUAUUAAAUAUCUUCUGUUUGGAUUUAAUUUGUUGUUCGCGAUUUCAGGUAUCGGCAUUAUUAUAGCAGGAGCUUUGGUCCUGUCCGAUAUCGGCGAAUUCCGACAUUUUAUGGAAGGACGCCUUUUAGCACCGCCUGUAGUUCUGAUUGUAGCAGGAUGUAUUGUCUUCCUUGUAGCAUCAUUAGGUUGUUAUGGAGCCAUCAGGGAGUCAUACACUAUGCUUAUGGGUUUUGCAGCAUGUUUACUAAUAAUAUUCAUCAUAGAACUAGCUGUGGGCAUAGCAGCAGCUGUCUAUAAAAAUGAAGUACACAAAGGGCUGAAGCAACUCAUGAGGAAUUCUUUGGAUAAAUAUUUGACAAGUGAUUCUGAUAAGAUUGCUUGGGAUAAUUUACAAACAAAACUUCAAUGUUGUGGUGUCGAUCGUUCGACGGACUGGGAUGAUAAUCGUCCACCAUCUUGUUGUCACCCAACAAGAGAAGGAGCUGAAGACCCGUCUCCGAAACACUGCAAAGAUGCUAGACCUGGAGACGAAAGUUUGUAUUCAACAGGAUGUUUUGAAAUGAUCGAAAUGAAAGCGGAGAAUGCUUCUAAGGUUCUGAUUGGGGUUGGAAUUGGAAUUGCUUUCAUCGAGCUCAUUGGAAUUGUGUUAGCUUGUUGGAUGGCAUCUGCGAUUAAAAAACGAAGCUAAACUAUUAGAAAUGGAUCUUUGUCAUAAACUAUUUUGAAAUUUAUUUUUUAGUACAUACCAACCACAUUUUCUAGAUAUAUAUGUAGGUACCUAACCUCAGUUUAUUAAUUAUUGAAUUUCGGUAUGGAAAAAGUAGUGAAAAAUAAAUAGAUAUAUGCACUGAUUUAGAAUGUACUUAUAUUAUAUUAUUAUAUUAUAUCUAUAAAUACCUAUAAAUGAAAAUUUAUUGUGAAUUCUAAUUUUGUUGUUAGCUGAAUAAGUUAUACUUUAAAAGAAGUAAUUUAACUGUAUUAAUGAGGAUAAUAAAAUUACCUAUAGCUAAUUCAGUAGACUUUGAAGAGAGAGCACAGGCUUGGUCAGGAAAAUAUAGCGGCCUUUUUAAAGCUGAAAUGAAUAUUCCAUUAGGUAGGUACAUAAUAAAUACAAAAAUGAGCGGUGUCAUUAUCAAAAUAUGUAUAAGAAAGUUAACAGUAUUUUGCUGAUAAAUAAAUAAAAAACAUCACAUUUCGAUCUCACCCUUUUAUAGGUAAGUACUGGAAAAGUAUGCGAAAGGCGGUAUGGAGCAUUGAAACUAGGUAUUUAAAGCGAGCUGUGCAAUUAAGUAAAAACAUAGCUAGGCUAUAACUGUAAUUGAGGGGUGUUGGUCUGUAGGCAAUAAUAAAUCUUUG